AUGCAUUUAUUCCUGAUCUUUUAUUUUUUAUGGAUUUACUGGAUUUGUAAUGUAACAAGUUUAAACAUACGACAACAUGGGUGUAAAAAUAUUUAUACAUUUUUAAAUCCAUGGACUUUAGAAAAAAAAAGGAAAAUAAAUAAUCCUAAACAGUAUGUCUAUUUAAAAACCGAAAAAAAUAUUCAUGAAAUAAUUUUCAAUGAAGGUGAAAAAUUACCAAAUCAUGUGCUAAAUAAAAAAAAAAAAACAACAACACCUAGUGAAAAUAUUAAUAAAAAUAUUAAUGAACAUACCAAAGCUACCAACCUCUUUAAAGGGUCAAAAACACAAGAUGGAUUAUUUUUAAAAAAGUUUUGCUCAUUUAUAAAUAUAGAAAAUGACAUAAAAAACAAAGAGUUGCAAAAUGUAACAAAAUCAAACUCUCUGGUUUUUACAAAAUGGGGUCUCCCCCAAGAUACCCUCAACAAUUGCAGUAACGUAUGUAAAGAAAACAAAAUAGACAAAACAGUAGAUGAUAAUGAAGAUAAUUCAAUAAACAAAAUAACAGAUGAUGAAAUAAUACAACAAGUUGAAGCUUAUUGGGUAUCACUUUUGAAAAAUAAAUACUUUUUUUAUUUUAUAAAAAAAAAGAAAAAUAUAAUUUUUAGUGUUAGUGCAGGAGUAGACUCAUUAUCUCUUUUGUAUUCUUUCAUUUUUACAAUUUAUAAAAUUAUAAUAACAAUAUUAUAUAAAGAUAGUUUAAAUUAUUUCGAUAUGUUGGAAAAAAUAAAGAAUGUAUAUUUGUAUAAGUAUGAUGAUAUAUAUAAUCUUAUUCAAGAGAAAGUACCAAACAUAAAUCAUAUUUGUAAUAAUAAUUCUGAACAUAUUAUAAUAAAUAAAAUAUAUUUUUUUUUCACAAUUUUAAAUAAAAUAACAGUUUUAUAUUGCAACCAUAAAACUAGAACUGAGUGUGUUAGAGAAAAAAAGUUUAUAAAAGAAAUUUGUAAGUUAUAUAAUUUAAAAUUUGCUACUAAAGCGUUGACAAAAAAUAAUAUUAUAAAAACUAAUGAUAACGACAUAUUUAAUCAAACAAAUUUAAAAGUUCCAAAAUCGAAUAAUAAUUUUUUGUUAAUAUCUAGACUAUGGAGAAGAAAUACUUACACCGAAUUGGCAAAUAAAAUUCUUAAGCAAGAAGGAAAACAGUUUGAAAAUGAAAAAGAUCAUAUUUUGGGGUUUGAAAAUGGAAUAAAUUAUAAAUAUAGUGAAUAUUUGAAUGAUAUAAAUGUCUAUCUAAAAAAGGCUUAUAAAAAAAAUAUUUGCACUGUUUUAUUAAAAGGUUGUAAAAAUUUUCCAAACUAUUUUUCAGAUUUCUUUUUUAAAAAAAAUGAAUUUUUCAAAAAAUGUAAAAAAAUAAAAGCCCUUAUAUUUAUAGGACACCAUCAAAAUGAUAAUAAUGAAACUAUGUUAUUUCAUUUUUUUCGAGGAAUAUAUAUUAAAAAUUUAAAAGGUAUAAAAUUUUUAACUUAUUUUAAAAACUGUCUAUUUUAUAGACCAUUUAUUAAAUUAAAUAAAAUACAAAUUUAUAAUUAUAUGUAUCUAAUUAAAAAAAAAUGGAAAUAUGACACAUCAAAUCAUAAGCUAUCUGUCUCACGAAAUUAUAUUAGAAAUAUUCUAAUACCAAAUAUUUCUCUUAUAUUUCAAAAAAACAAACAAAAUAUUAAAACUGUAGAAAAAUUUCCAACAAAUGAUACUCAACAUGGUGAACCAGGACAAGAUAAUGAAAUUGCCAUUCAUAGAUACAGUGACAAAACUGACGAGUUGAAAAAUAUAGAGAUGUAUGCUCAUUCAACCCUAGAUAAAAGACUAACCAAUUUAUCUUCUCAAAUAAAAAACUUAGAUAAUCACUUAGCAUUUUAUAAUAAUAUAUUUUAUACUUAUUUAAAAAAUAAAUAUUAUAUUUCAGACAAUAUAAAGACAAAUAAUUUUUUUAUUAUUGAAUAUAUGAAAAUGCAAAAUAAUUUAUAUAAUCAUUUUUUUUUUAAUACAAAUGUAGAUAAAAUAGUAGAAAUUAAUAAAUUAUUAUAUAAAAAUAAUAUUUUUUUAAAAAUUUUUAAUUUUUAUGAAUUUUUAAUUCUUCCAUCAAAACUAGCAAGAAUUGAAGUACUCUAUAAUAUUAUCAAAAAGGAUGUUAAAACGAAUUUAAAUUAUUCUACUGUCGAGCAAAUAUAUAAUGAACUAUUUCUUUAUACAGUUAAUAAUUUAAGACUAGCCAAUUUACAAAGCAAAACUGAAAAUGACAUAGAUUUACCCACCAUUGACACAAGCAAACAACCAGGUUGUAUAACAACCACAACGAAUGUGCCUUCCAAAUUAAAAGUGAUAAAUAUAAACGGGAAAAACAAAAUCGUUGCAAACGACAACCUAUUCUGCAUCAUCAGCAGCAACAACAGUAGUAGUGGCAAUGAUGAGACGGCAUGCCCAACCAAAGAGUACAAAGACAAAAGCUCAAACAUACUCAUUCAUAAUAAUAUCUCAGCAAAAGUGAAAAGAAUAAAUAAAAAAAAUUUUAUUAUUCAAAAAAAUAAACCAAAUAAUGCUUAUCUAUUUAUUAAAAAAAGAAAAAAAAAAAAAAAAGAAAAAUUUAAUAUACACAUUCGUUACUUAAAAAAAAAUGAUUUCAUUAUUAAUGAUAGUCAAAAAAAAAAAUUUAUAAAAGCUACAAAAUUUUUAUCAAACCAUAAUAUUCCUUAUAUUUAUAAAUACUUUUUACCAAUUAUUGAGAUUGAAAAUUUUAAAAAAAAUGGUAUCCUUUUUUUCUUUUUAUUUGAUAAAUUAAAAAAUGAUAAAUUCUCAUUACGUUAUUUAAUUAAAAAAAAAAACCUUCAGAAUAAUUUUAUAUAUAGUAUACAAUUUAAAAAUUAUGACAACUCUUUUAUAUAA